CCCACCCCAUAAUUUCGGCCAAGGCACACCAAGAGAACAAGGAGACCUCUGCAAACUCAUCUUCCAUAGCCAAAAUUCGAGCUCAAGCCAUAGGGUUCCAAGAAGGAAGAUUAAAGAGGGAAAAAGUUGGGAAAAGUGUGAAUAAUUAAGGCACUUGUAAAGGGUAUUUCAAGUGGUUUCACAAAGUUGGAAAAGUCGCCGGAGUUGUCGCCGGAGUUGACCAAAAGUCGCCGGAGUUUCACCGGAGUUCAACCAAGAAGGGUAGAACUUCAUAACGCUAGUUCAAGGUUGAAGCUAGGGCUUGCUACCUGCACCUUCCUACGGGUGACAUCAAAUCAAGGAAGACGUGAAAUGGAGGGUAAGCGAAUGGCAACAAGGAAUGACCCUAAGGGACAAGCGUCGGUAGCUUACCUUGAGGCUAGCCGGGCUGUGUCACGAGCCUUUACGGGGAGAGGAAUAGGGCAUGGGGGCCGUGAGGGCCGCCAAGCGGCAAGCGCUAAUCAAGUGGGCUCGAUGUGUAACAUGAACACCAGGAGGAACGAACGUAGGCGUCAGGCGAGGCGAGAUCGGGCCACCUCCCAACGUGAUAUGACUGUCAGCCAAACCCAUCCUUGGGCAAACGACCAAGGAGGAGAAAGCACUCUUACGGCACCGGCAUCACCGGUGAAAAAGAAAAGGACCUCAAGGUGGCAUACGUCCUUUCCUUACUCUUUCAGACCAUCCAAAUGUUCGAAUUGCUCUAAGAAACAUUUCGGAAAGUGCAACGAGCCCCCGAUGUGCUACGAAUGUGGGAGCACAACCCACAUGAAAUUAAGUUGCCCAUGGAGGAGGCAACGAGAGACAUCGCAAGCCAAGGAAGGGCUCACCGUGGAAGGAAACCAUACGGAACCAACGGCGAGCAACGCUACGUCCGUCAAUCAAGGCGGGGCCCAAGCACGAGACUACGCGAUGAUCGAGGCGGAUGCGCGGGCAAACCUAGACUCCGUCGCAGGUUGAAGCUAGGGCUUGCUACCUGCACCUUCCUACGGGUGACAUCAAAUCAAGGAAGACGUGGUUCGUGCUUCCUCAUUUUAUUUCAAAUUACUAAACAUUGCUCAUGGAUAUUUUUAUUUGUUAUAAACUAUUCUUUUGGGGCUUGCAUGCCCAUGUUAUUGGCCGGUUGUGGCUUAUGACUUACCGUUGAAUAUUUUCGCUAUUCAUUGGUUUAAAUGUGAUGUUGUUAUGUAUGUUUA